UUUAUGCCUAACUGUAGGCAUUAAAGCUUCAUAUCUACAGAGACUGAAUCGUUUACUACUUUCAGCACGAUGGCGUUGAACAGAAAGGGAAAUGUCCGUCUGCCCCCAGAGGUCAACAGGAUUCUUUAUGUCAGAAAUUUACCGUACAAAAUAACAGCCGAGGAAAUGUAUGAUAUCUUUGGUAAAUAUGGAGCCAUUCGACAGAUCAGAGUAGGGAAUACUCCAGAAUCCAAAGGGACAGCGUUUGUAGUCUAUGAAGAUAUCUUCGAUGCCAAGAAUGCGUGUGAUCAUUUGUCCGGGUUUAACGUUUGUAACCGAUACCUCGUUGUGCUGUAUUACCAAUCUAAUAAGGCUUUCAAGAAAUUGGACGAAACAAAGAAAAAAGAAGACAACGACAGAAUGAAACAAAAAUAUGGACUUAGUACGCCAGAUAUUAAUAAAAAAUGAAGUGUAAACUACUCAAAAACAUCUGUGUCACAUAGCCUUUCAUCAAGUCUGAGGAUUUCAAUGGAGUCACAACUUGCUUAGAGAGCAAGAAAAAUAUGAUGUAUAUAUCUAUCUCGGCACAAAUAUGCCAUCAUCCCAAAAAAUUAUCGAAUCUAGAAUCACCUGAUUAAAAUUCAAAUAUUAAAGGUGGAGUCAUGGGAAAACAAUUGUCAUUUUAAAAUUAAUUUAGAAUUUUGAAAUUAAAAUGUCUAUCUUGUAAUAAGUAUGAAGUUUCCAUGACCUGAUAAAGCCAAGGAUUUUUUUUUUUUUUUUGUCAGAACUUUUUAGAAACCAGUACAUAAUGUAUUUGAGGGCAAUUCCAGUAAAAUAUCUACCCAAUGGGAAGACUCUUAAGUUUUUCAACCAGGGACCAUCAAUUGGAACUGUACUAUAUAAAUAGGUCGUAUUUUCUCCAGCACACACCAUGUAAAGAAUGUUCUUUAUUCCAGGAGUCCUCCUGAGAUAUGUAUUUAACUGAAACAGCACAAAGGUACUGUGGGUCCAAAUUCAUGUUCAAUUUGACAAAAUUAUCUCCAGACAAAUUGUUGCUAGGCUGUUGUGUAGUGAAAGUUGGAGUGGAAAAAGAAUGUGUGAUAUUUUGUGUGCUAGAAAUAAUGCUAAAGAUAGGAUGUAUUUUAUGUAAAUGUAUUUUGUUUGUUAUUGAGGAAUAAUCUGGGUAGAAUUUACUGGUUGUCUCGUUGUCACAAAUCCCCUCCACCUAAAUAUGUACAUAAUUGAAAUUCUAAAAUAGUCGCUUGUUACAAAAGCUGCGUAAAUACUUCUCUUCCAUCAAUUGAGAAAGUU